CUUUGACGAAAAUAUCCUCUUGCUUUGAGCACUCUUCUUAUCAACAAAACUAACAACUUUCUCUUUCUUUCUCACAUUCUUCCCUUCUUGUUACAAUCUUAUAUCUUUCCUUAUUUCCAACUAUCGAACCAUGGAAGCCGUUCUUCAGCCCGUCGUCUCCGAACUCGUUGACAGGUUGUUCAAGAUAUUGGGGUCCAAUGAAGUGCAGGACUUUGCCUGGCAACUUGUUGGAGGGGUAGAUUCAGAGAUCAAAGAUCUGAAGGAGAAGUUAAGACUCAUUGGAAAUCUUCUUGGCAAAAUGGAAGACAUGCAACUGUCAGAUGAUAGCGUAAAUAUCUGGUUUGACAAUCUUCAACAUUGGGCUUAUGAUGCGGAGGACUUACUGGAUGAGUUUGCCUACGAAGCUUUGCGAUGCAAAUGCAAGGCAGAACACCAGGCUAGCUCCAGCAGAGGAUUUAGCUUUCUCUCUGCUUCUUUACCUAGUUCUUUCUUCGCUGUCCAGAUGCGGUUCAAGAUCAAAAAAAUCAAUAGCCGGCUCGAACAACACUACCAGCAAAUAUCAAAAGAACGUCAGUUGCUGGAGCUUCCUGGACUGCCACCAAACAACGUCGCUGCACUGCAAAAACCAGGGGAAACUUCAAGCGUCCCGCCUCAACAAAAGGUUUAUGGCAGAAAUGAAGAUGAAGCCGAACUAUUGAAAAUGGUGAAAAGCGGUGCCAACUUUCAAGUAAUAGCAGUUGUCGGCAUGGGAGGGAUCGGCAAAACAACAAUUGCUCGAGAAGUGUACAAUCACAAGGAGUUGGAAGAUUUCAAGUUUGAGAAAAAAGCGUGGGUGUGUGUUUCAACCACAACCACCUUUGACGUUCUCAAAAUCUCAAAGGCACUUCUUGAUGAAUUCUCGUCCUCCGUUCCAAAUAAUUUAAAUGCAGUGCAAGUUAGGCUAAAAGAGGAAGUAAGUGGAAAAAAAUUCUUGAUAGUAUUAGACGAUAUUUGGAAGGUGGAGUACAACGAAUGGGAAAAGCUCAUGUCUCCUUUCACAGCUGGUGCACCUGGAAGCAUGAUGAUCGUGACAACACGCGAUAUACAUGUUGCACAAGAAAUAAGAUGCUCUCAUACUCAUCGAUUAAGGCUUUUAUCUGACGAAGCUUGUAAGUCCUUGUUUGAGGAGCAUGCAUUUGGGACUGGUGCAAUUGCUGUUCCUAAUCAAAUUUCGGAUUCAAUUUACAAGAGAGUUGUUGAAAGGUGUGGCGGCCUACCACUGGCAGCGAAGACCCUCGGUGGUCUUCUACGCUUUAAGCAGAGCGAUUCAUGGGAAAAUAUAUUGGAAAGCAAAAUAUGGAGUAUAUAUGAUGAAAGUGAUCACAUUCUCUCGACAUUAAAGCUAAGCUAUCAUUAUCUUCCUUCGAAUCUAAAAAGAUGUUUUGGCUAUUGUGCAAAUUUUCCUCAGGAUUACGAAUUUGAGGAGAAGGAACUUGCACUUUUAUGGAUUGCGGAAGGUAUUGUUCAACCAUCAAAUAAGCAAUUGGAUGAGGCAAGUGAGUGUUUUCACAAAUUAUGUUCAAGGUCGCUUUUCCACCAAUUGAGUAGUGAUAGUUGUAAAUAUGUUAUGCAUGAUCUUGUUCAUGAUCUUGCUCAAUUGGUUUUUAAAGGAAUCAGUUUUAGAUCGGAGCAAAAUAUUGUUGAGCUGCCGGAAAAGGUUCGUUAUUUUACUUAUGAACCUGAUUAUUAUACCGGAAAAAAUAAAUUUGAAACCUUGGAAAAAGCAAAAAGUCUAAGAACAUUUUUGCCUGUGAAGCCUAAGUCAGAGUGUUAUAUAAGUGCUACUGUUAUUUUUGAUUUAUUGCCAAAGUUUGAAAUGUUGAGAGCACUAUCUUUUGAAGGAUAUCAAAUUAUUUAUUUACCUGAUUCAAUUGGUGAUAUGGUACAUCUAAGGUAUCUCAACUUCUCUUAUACUAAGAUAAGAAGUUUGCCUGAGUCAACAUGCCAGUUAUUUAACUUGCAAACUUUGCUAUUGAAAAAAUGUUCUCAUCUUAUGGAGUUACCUUCCAACAUGAGAUAUCUGACCAAUCUAUGUCAUCUUGAUAUAAGUGGUCAAAAUUCAUUGAGAGAGAUGCCAUAUGGAAUGGAAAAGUUAAAAAAUCUUCAAGUGUUGUCUAAUUUUAUUGUGGGAGAGGAUACACGUUCUUAUUUGGAAGAUUUGAGGAGUUUAAGUUUUCUUCGAGAGCUUCACAUUUCAGAAUUACAGAAUGUGACAGAUCUAAAUCACAUACAAGAGCAAAUACUAAGUAAUAAGAGCAAACUAAAAGUGUUGAUACUAGAAUGGAGAGAUCAAGUAAACUCACAAGCAACAGAUGUAGAAAUGAAUCUACUUGACAAGCUAAAGCCUCCUAUCAAUUUAAGAGAACUCACAAUCAGAGGCUAUGGUAGUAAAAGUUUUCCAUCUUGGUUAGGAGAUUUGUCAUGGCUCUCUAAUUUGCGUGUGUUUACUAUUGAAAAAUGUCCCCAACUUAUUGGAGAAGUUCCUAAUUAUUUUUCUUCAUUAGAAAGAUUUGUUAUUAAGGAUUGUCCAAGGUUGGUGGUCUCAUUAUCAAAUUAUCCUAUAGGUUGCAAAUUAGAAAUUAAUAAUUGUAAAGGAAUGGUAUGUAAUGAUGGUUCAAUUGAUUUUGAGAAAUUGGAUUCUAAAGAUCUUGCAAAUAUUUCGAUAGUUGAAGAUAAAUUAAAGAAAGGUUCUCAAAGAGUAGAUCGUUUGGAGAUUGUUCAUAAUGAAGAGAUUAUAGAAUCUUGGCGAAGUUUGGAAAACACCAAUUUUCUUUCCAAUAUAAAUUCUCUUGAGAUUAGUGAAUGUCAGAAUCUAAGAUCUAUUAGGAGGGGCAUGCUACCAUCAUCUCUGGAAGAAUUUGAUAUUAAUUCCUGUCAGAGUCUAACAUUCAUUGAUAGCGAUGUCUUACCUUUAUCUCUGAAAAGGCUUAGGAUUGAAGAAUGUGAAGACCUGAAAUUUUUGGAGGAUUUAAGUGUUUGUUCUCUUAUUGAGUCCAUAAAUGUUUUUGGGUGUAAAUCUCUCAAGUGCAUAUCAUUAGAUGGUCCGUUGCUUGAGACACUCAACCAUCUAGAUGUUAGACGUUGCAAAGCACUGGAAACAUUAUCACCUCGUAGAAAUGAGUACCUCCCUAAGGCACUUACAUCCAUCUAUAUUAAUGAAUGUGAAGAGCUAAAGUCAAUUGCUGAGUCCUUUGAUAAUAGCACGUGUCUUAAAAAUAUUACUUUAUGGGGUUGUGAAAAUCUUGAAUCCUUACCUUCAGGUCUACACCAUCUUCCUUGCCUUGAGUCUAUUAAAAUAUGGAAGUGUCCAAAAUUGCCGGUGACAGAAGGUGUUCCCACCAGUCUAAUAGAAGAUUUGAGCAUCUCAGACCUCCCACAACUUAAAUCUAUCUCAGACCACACCAAUCUCACCGCUCUUAAAAGGUUGGAAAUCAUUUCACUCCCACUGCUUGAAUCCAUCUCAGACCUGAACAACCUUUCCUCUCUAAAAUGGUUGCAAAUCCACAAUCUCCCACAGCUUGAAGUAAUUUCAAAUCUCAGCGGCCUCACCUCUCUUACAAAGUUGUACAUUAAGGAAUGCCAAAAGCUCAAAUCAAUUCCAAGUCUCAGCGGCCUCACCUCUCUUGAAAGUUUGGAAAUCCGUGAUCUCCCACAGCUUGAAUCAAUUCCAAGUCUCAGCGGCCUCACCUCUCUUGAAAGUUUGGAAAUCCGUGAUUUCCCACAGCUUGAAUCAAUUCCAAAUCUCAGCGGCCUCAUCUCUCUUGAAAGUUUGCAAAUCAUUGAUCUCCCACAGCUUGAAUCAAUUCCAAAUCUCAGCGGCCUCAUCUCUCUUGAAAGUUUGCAAAUCAUUGAUCUCCCACAGCUUGAAUCAAUUCCAAAUCUCAGCGGCCUCAUCUCUCUUGAAAGUUUGGAAAUCAUUGAUCUCCCACAGCUUGAAUCAAUCCAAGAUCUGAGCAACCUCUCCUCUCUUACAGAUUUCAUAAUUUCCAAUUGCCCAAGGAUCAAAUUAAUUCCAAGUCUGAGCAGCGACACCUCUCAUGAAAAAUUCUACAUUGAGGAUUGCCCAAACCUCAAAUCCAUUCCAGAUCUUGGCAACUUCAAAGAUUUAUCAAUUAUAAAAUGCCCAAAACUCAAAUCCCUACAAACCCUGCCAUCCUCACUUCAGUCUUUAUAUAUUACAGAUUGUCCACUGCUUAUAAAACGAUGGAAAAGUGUUAGGGGAAAAUAUUCCUCAAAGAUUGCUCAAAUUCCUAAAGUUGUAAUAGAUGGCAAAUUCAUCUAUAAUUCAAAGGAGUACGAAGUUGUUUAUCCGAGCUUCUUUCUCUAAUUUUCCUAAUGGCACAGAUACAUCUAAUUCCAUCAAAGGUGAUGGUCAAUAAGAAUCUCUCAAUUAUAGUUUGUCCAGGACUGCUAUGCUUAGAUUCAAUGUUGUAGAAAUCAUCGGAAAGGCUUAAAAUUUUCAUUCUCUAACUUCAUAUAUUUGACUAUAACAAAAUUAUGAGCUAUCAACAAUAUUCUCAUAUUGAAGUUUACUAAGCAAGAAGCAAGUAAAAAAUAUUUCUCUAGUUUCAGAAGUAGAGGAUGGCAUUUUGAUCUUAUAAAUUGAAAGUGGUUCCUCUGUUUCAAAACUUCUCUACUUUGUCAUCUCAUAGAUUGUCUCAACUUUUGUGGUUCUAAGGUAAUCAAAAGUAAGCAAUCUCUGCAAUUUUUUGAUAAAAACAUAAGCUAAAGAUCCUUGCUACUUUCUUUUCCAAAUCUGGGUCUACUAUUUUCCUUCUGAUUCAUUUUUCUUCAGGUACCACUGUCUCCAACUUAGACAAGCAACUGUUAGAACCUAAUCCUGGCAUGUCUAAGUUUUCCGGAACUAAACUUACUGCAUGUCUGCUUGCUGAAAUUCCAAUACUGAGAUUGUAUCUUCUAGCUGUUGCAACGGUUAAUCAAGCAGCAUUUUUCCUGCUUGUGUGUAUGGUAUUUUUAUUGUUAUGUCAUUGUUUUUGUUUAUGGCAAUGACAUAUUGUGAAAUGCAUCAUUAUUAAUCUAUGGUUUACACUUUAUAGCUCAUUUAAGGAAUCAUUAUUUACUUUCUCUUUGCAAACAACACUAUGCAGGAUCCGCACACUUAAAUUAACAUUGCAGAGAUUGUUGUAGGGCUUAAAGUUUUCCUCCUCCAACUUCAUAUAAGCAUAUUUAAACUUUCAACAAGAUCAAAAGUUAUUUCUGCUUCACACAUCUAAUUGCAUAUUAUGUACCCUACUCUUGCAUUUGGACAUGGAGUCCACCAAAUGUUGAGCAAAACGAAGUAAUGGACCUCUAUAUAUCCUGCUAAAGUAGUAUGACCAGUCAAUGCUCAUAUAACAAAGCUCAUGAGGCGAAUAUUGAAAGAAUUUCGAGAUGAAAUCGACACAACUUUAAGAGAGCUCCGUGUCACCUUUGAUAAGAGACUCGAAUAAGAAGUUCAACUUAUGACAUUUUUACAAUAGCUUGUGAUCAAUCAAUUUCUAUUGUGGUGAUCUAGUAGCAGAGUUUGAAAGUUAAGUACACAAACAGCAACACGGCUACAGAAAUGGAGCAAUUUGCUUUCUGCUUGGAGGUUUGAAGCCUUGUUUUGUGUGGAUGUUGGUUCUUCCUCUCCACAUGUUAGAAGACUUUGCUGCUACAUCCAGGUUUAUGGCUUUCUUGGAGCAAGAUGAUUACUUUCCCUACUGUUCCUUCACGAAUGUGUCUGAAUUUAUGGCUGCCUUUUCACUUCUGGAGGAAUUUUCUGCUGCUGAACUUGUAGUUCUUGUUGGUUUGCUCUUAGCUGGUGCCAUGACUAAGCAAGAUGAUGUUGGUUAAUUUCCUCUACAAUUCUGGUCCAGCUACAAUCAGUUUGCAGUUUCUUUUUCUCGCUGUGCGAUAUUAUUUUUUGCCUUUCAGUUUGGAUGGUCUCUACUGCUGUUUUGUGUUUGAAGUUGACUGCCUGGUGCCGAGGUGUCUUUCUGUUUUCAUAAAUUUAUUGGUAACCGAAGAAACUUUUUCAGCUUAGGAAAAUUCCAAUAUUUGAGAUUCUAAAUAAAGUAAAUUCUUCAUUUCUUGUUUCAUUUUUCAAUUCCUGAGAGAACCUUUCAACAACUGAUUAGAUAAUCUUAUGAUUUGUCUUUUUUGUGAGUUUUGAAUUCAGGGGAGGAACAUUUAGAGGCAGAAGUUGAAAUAUUUUCCAUCUAAUUGAUUUGAAGCUUAUCUUGUGCAAUUUAGGACCCCUAUAUGCGUGGAUUCAGUGUUGCAAGAAUCAUUGGAAAGGCUUAAAAUUUUCCUUCUCUAACUUCAUGUGAAUCUUAAAAUAAUUUCGAGAUGAAUUCCACACAACUACAAGAGAGUUACGUGUCACUUUGAAUGAAAGGCUCAAAUAAGAUAUUCAGCUUAUGACAUUUCUGCAAUAACUUAAACUACGAGUAAAAAUCUCUAAAAUCACAUCUUAAAUACUUUGGAGAUCAAAAGGUGUUCUGCUUGUAUAAUUUACAGGAUUUGAUAAGUUCCAAUCCUUACUAACUUAACUAAACAGUCUCAUAUCCCUUAAAAAAGGGAAGACAAGGCAAGAAAUCUCUUGAAGCAAAUUGAUGAGAUUAAAACACAUUACAUUGCUUCAAAUAUUUGUGAUAUGGUUACAGGGUUUGAAAGUUAAGAACACAAACAACAGCACGAGUGCAAAAAAGGGAGAAAAUAUAAAGAGUUUUGAAGAAUAAACCACUAGAUCAUUGCUUCACAAACUUAGGCCUCACCGUGUACCUAUGACAUCGUAAACUUAAUGUGAUGAUUAGAGGAAUGUGAUGCUGGUAGUGCAACAAUGUAGGUAAAGGAAAUCUACUGAGGCAGCAUGACAUCAGUUCCAAUUGUGAUAAGACAUUUCCAAAUGAAUAAAAAUUCUUGUAAAUUUUAAGAUUUUUA